AUGCCAAACCCUGAUGGACUCUACCCUAUGGUGGAGCUGAACUUCAAAGGUGUUUUUCUUAGAAAUCCUUUCUCGUAUAACCAUGGUAUCAAUUUCAUUUUCAAUGAUCACGAUUUUUUUGGAAUGACAUAUGGUGAAUGUAUCACCUUUCUUGAACAGUUCAUGCAAGAAAGUAUAAAGAAGGGUGGUGCUCAAGCAGUCAAUGAGGGUGAUGAAGUGAAUGAAGGUGAUGAAGGUAAUGCAAUGAAUGAAGGUAAUCAAGGUAAUGCAAUGAAUGAAGGUGAUGAAGUGAAUGAGGGUGAUCAAGCAGUCAAUGAUGAUGGAGGAGCAAUAAAUGAUGGUGGAGACGCAGUCAAUGAGGUGCAUGUGCAACAACACUAUGAUGAGGUGGAACUCACUCCUUUGGGUUUUGAUGCAUCAGGAAAUUGA